AUCAAUGUGAGAGUGAGAGUGCACUGUCACAAAUCCCUAACGGACAAAAAUGGAGAUGACUGAAGAGCAAAGACAGAGAGCUGAAGCCAACCGGUUAGCAGCACUAGCGAAGCGAAAGGCACUCGCCGAAUCCACUGCCAACCAACAACAACAACAGUAUAAUCAAGAAGCAUGGAGGCUCUUCAAGUGCCGCAAGCUCUCUGUCGAACGCUUUGCCACAAAAAACGCCACCACCCAUUUCCUAAAACCCUGUCAAAGAGUCUCGAUUGGGCCGGAUUCCAAGACCCAUUUGCCCGAAAAGUUCCGGGUUAGGCUUGAAAUAUGCUCUCCCGACUCCUUCUCCGUCACGCCUGAAGCCGUGCAAGGGUUUUCAUAUCCGGGAGGGGAGGAGUGCUUAAGGAGACUCGACCAUUGUUUAUCUGACGUCAUGCCAUCGCACUAUACGCAGAGCAGUGGUGGUGGAAAGGCUUGUGUUUAUAAGCUUGCUGACUACAAUGCAGUUUUGACAUGCUUGAAGAACUCCAGUGGUAUUGAGGUUGAAGGAAUACCUUGGGUUACUCUCAAUGUUAUUGAGAAACUUUCUCAUUCAUUUUCCUCUGGAAGAUGGAAUCCAUGUAGACCAGAACAUUUGUCUGAUGAAAUUGUUGAUGAAAUGCUUGGAAAGCUACCGAAACGUCUAUUUGAUGUGCUUUUGCCCUUCCAGCUUGAAGGUAUAAGAUUUGGUUUGCGAAGGGGUGGUCGGUGUCUUAUUGCAGAUGAAAUGGGGCUCGGAAAGACACUACAGGCUAUUACAAUUGCAGCCUGUUUCAUGAAUGAAGGUUCUAUCCUAGUUGUUUGUCCAGCAGUUUUGCGACUUCAGUGGGCAGAAGAAUUAGAGCGCUGGCUUCCCUUUUGUUUACCUGCAGAUAUUCAUCUUGUUUUUGGUCAUGAAAAUAAUCCUGCCCGUUUAACAAGAUUCCCGAGAGUAGUUGUUAUAUCUUAUAAAAUGCUUCACCAUUUGCGGAGGAGCAUGACUGAGAGAGAAUGGGCUCUCUUGAUCAUUGAUGAAUCUCACCAUAUACGUUGCUCCAAGAGAACAUCUGAACCGGAGGAGGUAAAAGCUGUACUUGAAGUGGCGGCUAAGGUUAAGCGCAUAGUUCUACUAUCGGGGACACCUUCUUUGUCAAGGCCCUAUGACAUUUUUCAUCAGAUAAAUAUGUUAUGGCCUGGUUUGCUAGGAAAGAACAAGUAUGAAUUUGCAAAAACUUACUGUGAUGUCAAAGUUGUCAAAGGUUAUCAAGGACAUCGUUUCCAGGACUUUUCAAGGGGUGUUCGCUUGGAGGAGUUAAAUGUGUUACUAAAGCAAACUGUUAUGAUAAGACGUUUGAAGCAGCAUGUGCUGGUUCAGUUACCACCCAAACGUCGACAGAUCAUAAGAUUGUUUUUGAAGAGAUCAGACAUGGUUUUAGCAAAAGCCACUGUUGGAAAGUCCAAUGAUUGUGCUUAUGAAAAGGAUGCUGCAGAAGACAUGACUCCUGAGGAUUUAGAUGAACCUGAUAGUGAUUUGCAAUCGUAUAAAGAAAAUGAUAAUUCGGCUUGUAGCAAAUCGGAGAAGCUCUCAUACCAAGAACUUGGUGUUGCAAAGCUCACCGGGUUUCGUGAAUGGCUUUCCCUUCAUCCCCUCCUUGCAGAGUCAGAUGGUGUUGCGGACUUGGAUUUGAACCCUAGUUCUAACAAAAUGAUAAUCUUUGCCCAUCACCAUAAAGUUCUUGAUGGAGUACAGGUCAUGCCAUCGCACUAUACGCAGAGCAGUGGUGGUGAAAGGCUUGUGUUUAUAAGCUUGCUGACUACAAUGCAGUUUUGA